AUGUCGCGGCCCCAGAACCUCCUGUUCUUCACGCCCACACAUCUCGUCGCCAUGGCCACAACCAGCAAAGCCAGCCCGCCCGUAGUCAUCGAUCACCUCGGCUUUCCACACAUCAUGGACGCCAUUAUGGACGCGCUCAUGGAGCAAGCCAGCACCCGAGACCUCCUCACACUGCGGAGUGUGUCCAGAUCCUUUGGUCACCAAAUCGAUUCUCACCUGUUCAAACAUGUUGUGGUCGAAGCAGUGGGCGGUCACCCAGCCAAGCCACGCUGGACUGUUCGCACCCGUGAUUCAACAACACUCGUCCUCCACGAAGACCUACACCGGCGCCUCCAUGCCUUCAUCCAAGUACUGGACGUCCAGUCUGCGGCAGACAUGUACCGAGCUGCAGUGGCGGAUAAGGGCGGCGUCCAGGUGAUCCGUGUACAGAACAUUCUUCCGACCUUCUACUACAUCAUGGCGUGCCACACACUGGUCGUUUCGGGCGAGAGUCGGCAAUCAACCUUCACUGAAAGUGAUCGACCAACGCAACAAAAGGAGAUGGGCCAGACCCGUCGCAAGAUAGUGCUCCAUUGGGAGUAUCUCGACUACCCCGUCUAUCUGGAGCUUCUCUGCAUGCGCAACAUGCUCAAUGAUGUCGACUGGGUCCUCAUGUUAUCUCAUUGGCAACAACCACGACACUCGAGACACGAAUCGGGCCUACGCGGCCUCGAGUUUGCCGUAUCCAUCGCUAGGAUUUUGACCACACGCUAUGGACACCGCGAUACCUUUACAUUCGUCGACCUCGCGCAUGUUGACCCGACGUGGCUGUCGUUUACCAAGGCCACGUCGAAUGAGGCGCAGUUGGGUGAACUCAUCGCUGCCCGUGUUCCAGGUCCUCCACUGGUCCCCGAGGACAGGAUCAAGUUCAUGAGCGGAGAACAGUAG